UAAUAAAAAACUAUAUCACCUCCAAGAUUUACCAAAUCAGAAUCCAACUCCACUAGCUAAUCCAGAAAUAGAAUUUCUCAGAGCAUUGGGAUUAUUUAAUUCUCCAGAAAUUGCUGAGACUAUUUUAUCACCAGAAGCUGAAAGAGAAUAUCUCGAAGCAUUAGAAAUAUUAGAACCUAUUCCGCAAUUUCAUCAAACUGAUAUUAUUAGCUCCGGAUAUGAAUUAUUAAAUAAUCAUUAUCAAGUUGAGAUAGGAAAAGAAAGUAUAAAUGCACAAGACUCUAUUAAUACUCUUGGAGUGCUUCGAGAACAAAUAAUAAAUAUUUUUAAUAAUCGAUUUAAUUUCACCUAUGGCUUCAAAACUCGAUUAUGUCUUAUAAGAAAAAUAAGUCGAACAACAAAUUAUCAAGAGGGGUUAUUCGAAGAUAGAAAAUUUGCAGAAGAAGCUGAUAAUGAUGAAAAAGACUAUAAAGAAGUUCUGUUUAAAAACAAAGCAGUAGUAGUAACUGCUAAAGAGGACAUCCCAAGAAUUGUAGAUGAACUUAUUUGGGAUAUUGAAAAUUGA